AUGCGCGCCGAUACCCAAUAUUUCGAAAGCCUCACGGCUCCUCGCAAGCUGGAGAGAAGAACUCUCGUUUUUCGUGACAAACUCACCAACGAGCAACCCAAGAAAACAGCGCCUGCACUCGUCUUCCGCCAGAGCACUCAUCCUCUCCCGUACUUCGCCCAUCAUCAACUCGAUCCCCAGUACUUUCCCCUUGAUAUCGGUCAGCCAUGUGGCGGCCCAAUAGCCGACAAUCGUGGAGCCACGGCCGACAAUCAAGCUUGGGACGAUGAGGACAGCGAUGCGGCAGCCGAUCUUGAGUCCGAAGCAGAGGAUGACCUGAAUGCGGAGGGUUCCCAUGGUAAGCCCAAACGUCGUCGUAAAUUCGACUCUGCCAAAAUGGCCAAUGCUGGAGAUAUCAAGAAGAUGAAAAUCCAGGGAGGCCGCCCUGCCGUUGCGAAGAAAGUCACGGCGGACCUGGACUCCGAUGACGAGAUGAUUGUGCGCAUGAAAGAGGCUCGGUUUCUGGAGAAAGACAUUGCACAAGCUCUCAUCGAUCAGGGUCGCACCGCCUACAAUCCAAAGACCAUCGGCACGCGUUGGCGACGCAUCAAGGCAGCUUUGCAGAAGCGACAGGACGACCUACUUGACGCGGACUUGACAGACUGGCACGAAGGGGAUGAUGAUGUUCUUCUGCAGGCUGUCAUCAAGACCGAGAAGGAAGUGAAGAGGCUCAAAGACGACAUCGAGUCGAGGAAGUGGCGCAUGGUGGCUGAUCAGAUGAAGUCAUUGAAGGCAUGUCUCGCAAUGUCCCCGAUGCCAGAUCUAAGUCAGUACUAA